AUGUCAGCAGAGAAGAAGCCAAAAAAGAAGAAAGAUGAGGCAAAUGGCUCAACAGAAGCCAAGCUAAAUGGAAAAGAGGCCAAGCCCAAAAAAACAAAGACCAAGAAAAGUGAAGAUGUAUCCGAAGAGGACAGUCCUGCCAUCCAAAAUGGAAAGAAGGUGAAGAAAAAGAAACCAGAAAAAGAUAAAGAAGAACCAGAAAAGGAAAAAGAAAAAGAGCCAAAAAAGAAAGCCAAAAGUGCUCCAAAAAAGAAGAAAGGUUCAGGCACAGAUGAUGACGAUGAUGAUGACAAUGAUGCAGAAGACACUCCGAAAAAGAAGACUAAGAAAAAGACAAUCAAGGACACCUCUCCACCCGCACAUUCUGCCAAAGAUAAAAAAUCAAAACCCAAAGAGGAAAAAGAUUCUGAUGGAAAAGAAAAAAAGUCCAAGUCAAAGGAGAAGGACAAGAAGAAAGAACCAGCUUCAAUGUUCCAGAUAAAUGGAGAAAAAGACUCAAAAAGCAAGAAGAAAGCAGCUGCCAAAUCAGACAGUGAUGAGAGUGAAGAGGAGACAAAGUCAGCCAAAUCAAAAAAGAAACCCACUGCCGCCUCAGCAUCCAUGUUCCAAAUAUCGGGGGACAAGGACAAAGACAAAGACAAGAAGACAAAGAAGAAAGGCAGGUUUAACAUUAAUUUUAUCCUCCCUUUGAGUCACUGACAAGUAUGUAACAAUGUGUUGUAUGUUUCAGGAAAGGCAGAAGAGAGUGAUGAUUCUGACUCAGAGAAAGAAGAAAAGUCUAAGAAGAAAAAGGGCAAAGGGAAGAAGAAAAAGGAGAGAUCUCCAUCACCUGAGAUUGAGUUUGACGACUUGGAGAAGUUUGUGAUGCAGCCGGCUCCGCAGGGUGUGACCAUCAAAUGCAGACUGACUCGUGACCAGAGAGGGAUGGAUAAGAGUCUUUACCCUCUGUAUUACCUUCACCUAGACAAUGGAAAAAAGACAUUCCUCUUGGCUGGAAGGAAACGAAAGAAAUGUGCAACUUCAAAUUACCUCAUCUCCAUUGAUGCCACAAAUUUAUCUAGAGGUGGAGAGAAUUUUAUUGGAAAGCUGAGGUCCAAUUUAAUGGGGACUAAGUUCACUGUAUUUGACAAUGCUCUGAAUCCAGAAAGAGCUCUUCCAGACAUGUCUAAUGCACGGCAGGAGUUAGCAGGCAUCAUCUAUGAAACAAAUGUCUUAGGAAUGAAAGGGCCCCGAAGGAUGACGGUUAUUAUUCCAGGAAUGAAUAAGGACAACGAGCGAGUACCUCUCCGACCAAGAAACGAAUGUGAUGGCUUGUUGAUAAGGCACCAAAAUAGAAGGAUGGAAAAUAUGAUCGAGCUUCACAACAAGACGCCUGUCUGGAAUGAAGAAACGGCGUCUCAUGUGCUCAACUUCAACGGCAGGGUCACCCAGGCCUCCAUCAAGAACUUCCAGAUAGUCCAUACCAAAGACUUGGACUACAUUGUGAUGCAGUUUGGACGAAUAGCUGAUGACAUUUUUACGCUGGACUACAACUACCCACUGUGUGCCGUGCAGGCCUUUGCCAUCGCGCUCUCCAGCUUUGAUGGUAAAAUCGCCUGUGAAUAACUGGAUCCCCAGUUGUCUACUCACACUGAAACCAGUAUGCAUCACGCAUACACUCACAUUAGAACAACUCAUGUCUCUGGACUCCACCUUCAACGCUUCCUGUGGUGGGUGCCGUUAACAAAUGAUGGUUCUUUGAAUGUGACAAUACCUGCUGCUGCGCUGUCGCCCUUAUGUGCGUGUGAUUCCCGCCAGAAAUAAGAAAAAAAACUGGUCUCAUAUUAUCAUUUGAUCUCACACGACAUAGCACAGGAGAGUCCUGGUUUUUGUCUCGGUUUGUCAGAGGAAACGUCUGAAUUUGUGUGAAUCACAGACAGACACACUUUAAACGACGCCAUUGACUGGAGAGUUGUGGGCUUUUUGAGGGGAUGAUGGUACACCUUGAUAAUGUGGGUGUUUACAAGCAUCAUUAAAAUAUGUUGAACUGUGUUGUGUUUUGGCUUUGUUGUGUUGCAAUUCAUUGCUGUGUAUUGGGCUGUAUAUAAAUGUCUUGUUUCUGAUGUGACUGAAAUGCAAACACACCAAAAAUUAAGUCAUAACGAGAAUGUGUAGUUCCAAAUUCAAGAGUUAUCAACAACCUAAACACAGUUAACUCUCACAAAAUAACUGAUAGCUUUAAGAAAAAAAGAGAAAAAAAAUUACUUUUAUUUGAAGUACAGCAUGUAGUAUAAGCCUCAAAACAGCUGUUUUACACAACCGGCUGUCCAUCUUUCACUGACUU